CCAGCCGGGAGCGAGCAGCCGGCGGGAGGAUGCUGCAAACGGCGGCGGAGCCGGGCGGCUGGGCAGGCAUGAAGCGACCCCUGAGCCCGUCCCACAACCCCGAGAACGGGGUGCGGCUGGUGGAGGCGGCCAGCUCCCCGCCGAGCCAGCCCGAGCAGCGCAUGAAGCGGGAGAAGAAGCACCAGUCGUUCACGCUCUGCGAGGUCUGUAACAUCCAGCUCAACUCGGCCGCGCAGGCGCAGAUCCACUACAACGGCAAGUCCCACCAGAAGCGCCUCAAGCAGCUCAACAAGGGGAAGAUGCCGGCAGCCCAAGGUCCCUCCGGACACACCAGUCCCCUCUUAGCGUCGUUGCCUAUCCCCGGCCGUCCCCUUCAUCCCCCCUUGGACAUCAAGCACUUUCUGACCUUCAGGCUCAACGGGACGUCACCGCUCAACCUCUUCCCCAACUUCAACACGAUGGACCCGGUGCAGAAGGCGGUGAUCAGCCACACCUUCGGUGUGCCCACCCCGCUCAAGAAGAAGCAGUUCAUCUCCUGCAACAUCUGCCACCUGCGCUUCAACUCUGCGAACCAGGCGGAAGCCCACUACAAGGGCCACAAGCACGCGCGGAGGCUGAAGGCCAUCGAGGCCAUGAAGAACAAGCAGAAGGCAGCGGGGGCUGCGGCGGCGGCCGCCGGCCGUGACGGCACAGCCGACUUCGCCCCCAGCCCCGAGGGCAGCGAGGAGCCCGGCAGCACAGCUCAAGCCAACGGCCUGCAGGAGCCGGAGGGUGAGUGCAGCAGCCUGGGGCUGACGCCCGGCGCCGAGGAGUCGCCCGCGGAGCUGUCGGGCAGCGUCGCCCCGCUGGGCUCCCCGCUGGCCUCGGAGCUGUCAGAGGGCACCUCGGACGCCACCAGCAUGGCCUCCUCGGCCACGCAGGCGGCCGAGGCGCAGGCGGCCGAUUCGGGCAGCAGCGUCAGCUCGGCCCCCGACAGUGAGAAGGAGGGGAAGAAGAGCAAACCGCACCUGUACUGCCCCACCUGCAAAGUGACCGUCAACUCCCUGUCCCAGCUGGAAGCUCACAACACCGGCGCCAAGCACAAGUCGAUGCUGGAAGGUCACAGCACCCAGCUGCGGCGAGGCCGAGGCAAGCUCCUCUCCCGGGCAGGGCACAAGUCCAAGCGAAUCGGCAACAAGGGCAGCAUCAACAUCCAGAACAAGGCGUUUCACUGCCAAGUGUGCGAGAUCUACGUGAACUCGGAGACCCAGCUCAAACAGCACAUGAGCAGCCGGAGGCACAAAGACAGGCUGGCAGGGAAGCCGCCCAAGCCCAAGUACAGCCCCUAUAACAAGCUGCAGAAGAACGCUGCCCUCGCAGUGAGUAUUCUCAAGUCCAAGCUGGCUUUGCAGAAGCAUCUCACUAAAACCCUGGCGACCCGCUUCCUGCCGAGCCCGCUCACCGCGGCCGCCGUCUGUGCCAUGCCUGGCCCCCUCGCCCUGAGACCCGCCGCCGCCACCACCCUCUUCCAAGCCCCGAUCCUUGGACCAGCCCUCUUCCGAACGCCGCCAGCCCACGUCCGCACCACGCCGGGCCCCAUUGUCUUUGCGCCCUACUAGAGCCGCUCGCCCGCCGAGGGUCCGUCCACCGCGCGCCAGGCUGCGCCGCGGGGGCUGCCCGGUGCAGGGCGGCGCUCCCGGGCAGGCUGCUCUUCUGGCUGGUGGGAAACCAUAAUCGUAGCCAUCGACCCCAGCUUCUCCUUUGCUUCAAGCGGGCUCUUUCUGGAGCAAGAUACCCCGGCAGAGCCCCGCCGUGCGUCCCCACAGCUCCCCUCGGCUGUGCCAGCCCCACACUCAGCAGAGGAGCCCGUCACGCGGCUGCGCGGCGCAGCGAGAGGACAGUGCGUGAGUCAGCAGGACCGUCUUGUGUCUCGUGGGCAGGGGCUGCCUGUCCUUGGCCCAUCCACUUUCUUGUUCAUCACCCUCCCAGGUGGUGGGACUGGAAGAGGAGCUGGCUGGUCCCUGGGGGAAGGAGCAUCCCUCUGGCUGUCCGGUCCCUGCCAGCCCAGUGGGAAGGGAACUGCAAGGGGAGUCUCAGCCCACCUUGUACUGGGAGAAACGACCCCAGUGCAAGUGGAAAGUUGGUGGUUCCCCUCUUGGGCCGGGCUGGCUGUGCCCUCGCCAGCCCUGCACUUGACUGUGCUGGCUGGGGGUAUCCAUGUUGCCCCACCAGCCUCCUACACCCCACGACCCCCUACGUCCCACCAGCCAAAGAGCCCCUGCCACAGCGGGCACUGACCACACUGACCGUAUCUUCACUCCGAGAGCAAUACCUGAAGCCCAGGGCCGGCAUCUUCUCCCUCUGAAAGCACACUGCCCCUGCCCUGGCCACCAAGAAGCACACAACCUGGACAUGCAGCCGGAGAUGGGCUCCGUUCCAGCCCAGCGAGGACAGGAGAGCCAGGCCAUCCGGUGAAGGCUCCCCAAGGAGGUGACUCUGUGCUCGGCGCCAGCUGUUUGCCUCUGUCCCACCCGUGGGGGACAGCCCUGCCCCUGCCUUCUGGGAGAUGCUGUGAGGCUGCAUGAAUGUCCCUAAAGCACUUUUGGUUCUCCAGUGAAAGGCGACGCCGCUGCUCGCCCACCGACCAGCUGCCGUGCCCGGCCGUCCAACCCCAUCCCUGUUAGGAGCUUCCAGGGAGUGACCGAUGGCUCCCGAAAACAAGGUGUCCCCAGCAGCCCGGACAAUCAGGUACAAAGGAGCAGGCAGCGCCCGCAGCCUACGCCUGGCAUUCUCCCUGUGAUGCUCCCGUUGUAGCCUGCAGAAAGCCAGGCUCCAGAGGGACCCUGAAGCCGUAGCUCUGCUUUUCACUGUGCUCAGAAAGCCCAGCAAUGACCUGGUCUGAAAACUGUAACCACGGCGCUCCGGGUUCCCAGCGCGCUGCUGUAAAUAGAAAUAUGCAGGAAAGUUGCGACCCAAAUGGACCUUACGCUGGAGUGACGACCCACCCCGAUCUAUGCAAUACAGGGGGAGCAGCUCGCCCGCCGCGUUUGCUGUCUGCAUUUUACUUUGGUGCUCACGCUGCCUGUACAGCCUGGGGUGGUGGUCAGCGCAGACAAAACCAACGCAACACUUAGCUCCGUGCAGACGAUUCCCUUCCCGUCCCCUGGCCCAGGGUGCUGGCUCAAAGACCUCUGCUGUGGCCCACAUUCCCUCCCAGCCCUUGGGAAGAAGCAGGUCGGUUUGUGCACCUGGGACUCCACACGCACAAGCACACGUAUCCGACGUCUUGGCCAUAAGCAACGCUUGGAUUUCAGGAGGUGUUUGUCCAGCGCGCUCCACCGAUGCUCAGGACAGGGUCGUGGCAACGGGAAACGCACACGGCUGAAAUGCUUCUGCUUCCCAGAGCUGGCGGAAAGAGCUGGAGCCUCGGGCGCGCGCAGGAAACCCGCGCAGAGGGAGCGAGGCGGCAUGGAGCCGUACGCCUGCGUCUGGCGGGCCCGCUUCUUGCGCCGUGGGCAGCGCUGACCUGCUCCUGCGGCAGAGGACGGGAGUUACGGAUUAAUCUGCUCAGGGCGUCUCCUCUCGACCCCAGGGAAGGAGGGAAGUGGAGAGAGGGCACCAGGAGAAGAGCGAAGGGAAGGCUGGGGGUAGAGACAACCGAAAGGUCUUACGGUGGUGGGAGAUGUGGCUCGGAGAGCAGCUGAGAGGAGGCUCCCAGCAGCAACGGCUCUGACAGGGACAGGGAGACGGUCCCACAGCCCAGUGCAGCCUGGAUCCCAGUGCCACAGCUCAGGCGCCCGUGCUGGCUGGGGCCUGCGGGCAGUGGGAGGGACAUAGCUCCAAGAGCAUCGCAGUGCCAAGCAGCCCGUGAUCAGCCCAGCUCCAGCCCUCCUCCUGCUCAUCUCACUGUGCUCUUCCCCAGGCCACCUCGCCAGUCACUCCCAGCCCUGCCACAGCAGAGGAGGGCAGUGUGUCCCCUCCCGCAGCAUGCCCACCAGCCUCAGGAGCGUGGGGAACCAGGAGCAGCCGGCUGCAGCCAUGCUCCAGCCUGCAGGAGCCACUUGGCACUAGUGGGUCAUUCCCCUGCAUUUUUUUCUAAAAAUCCUGUGCUGGAACCAGCAGCGGCUGCUCCCGUUACCCCUCCACCAGUGGAGUCCUAAUACACUCCUACACUUGGCACUUUAACCCCUUGAAAGCCAUUCCUUCUAAUAACAAUACUACUACAACGAGCUGCGUAAGAACACACUCCCUCUAUCGCAUCCCCCCCUCCAGAAACGCCCCCUGCUCCUGUGCUAUCCAAAGCAUUUACUGCCUUUGACUUAGCAUAUGCUGUACUAGGUAGUAGGGCGUAGUCCAUAGCGCUCGAUAACGUGUGCCCCUCUGUAAAUAACCUUGGAGUGAUGUGAACAGUUUGAUUCAAAAAAAGAAAAACA